AUGCAGGAAGUCGUAAAGCCGCUGGAGGGAACAGUGGCGUCCCUACAACAGCAAGCUUUGGCGCAUGCCGUUGAGGUGGCUACGCUGAAAGCCAGGAUUGACACUCUCACGGCCGAGCUUCAGGGCUAUCGUCAGCAGAAUGGAACAAUCCAACAAAUGAGCGAGUCGAUUGAUCGUCUGCAAAAUGAUUUGCGAAUGGUGAGGGGCAGAAGUGCAGACCCUACCAGUCGGGAGCCUUUGACCUUGUCCACUCCUAUCAGCAUCUCAUCAGCCAGCCCCCCUCACGUACCGGAUUUGGGUCUUUCCAUCGGAGAUUCUAGGUCGUCGAAAGUCAAGCAAGCGGAACCAAGCGUUCCCGCUCGACCUCAAAAUUCCACCGCUUUGCCAUUCGAAUAUCCUCCAGCUCCAGCGCGUUCCCCAUCACAUCGACUUUCUAAAGCCGCUGGCCAGAGCGCCCUUGGGAAGCGCCGUAGAGAAGCAGACCUCGGUCCUAUCGUCGAAUUAGGUAGAGAAGAGAUCCAAGAAGAAGAGCUCAGGACAACUGCGUCGGGACCUGGCGGGAAACGGCCAAAGCUGGUGCAGGAUAGCAGGGAAGAUCAUCCUGACACUCGACCCAAUCGCAUUCUCGAUGCUGGCCCCUCAACUCAGGUGUUCAAUGAUAGGCCGGAGCCGACGAUACCAGAUGAACCCUCCGGACAGUCCAUUGUUAUCCCUUCGCGCCAGUUCCCUAAGUUCACUGUGUUCGAAGGGCCUGAAGAGCUUCCACCUACGAGCCUUCGUCGAACUGAACCAACUGGGCAAAACAUGGACGAUGUGUUCACUGAUCGCGACUUCGAUUUUUUUGACUACGCCCACGUCAAUGGCCGCGGAAAUAUACCGAAAACUAGCACAGCUAAUGCUUCUGAGAAUCAGCGCCCAUUCAAUUACUCUUUCCCUCUCCCUGGACAUCCUCCCAUGACGUCCACACCUGCCCCAACAGGCAACUUUCCCGGAUUCUCUGGCCCCGAAUCUCCUAUGUUCAAUCACUUUCCUCUACCAGAAGUCCCACAUUCUCCGAGUCCAAUUCCGAGCUCUAGCUAUGGCCAUCGUGUAGAGCGGGGUGGCAGGAUAGAGCGCAAUGAUCCGUUUCACCCUUUCGGCACACCUCCUAGCACUCGAAACCCUUCUGGUUCGUCUACGGUGGAGUCUAACAUAAAUCCAUCUGCAUUUCUACGCACGCCUCCACCAACUCUGCCUGACUUACUCGAUAACACAGUGCGGACAGAUGGGCGGAGAAAGGCCUCUAGUAACGAUGUGGGCGCUGGUCUCGGGAUGUCACUACUACCGCAAACAGACGACAUUGCGCCCAUCAGGCGAACAAUGUACGGAACUGAGUUAGAGGGUGACACGAGAUUUGGGGAUUUUGGCGUUGAGGGUGUUGCCACUGGUUUCUGGACUGGCGGACGAUUCUGAACAUGGACGGUUCAAGGCCUUUUGUUUUGUGCUUGUUCGACGUGAAAUCUCUGGCUACACUGCUGUCCUUGGGAAUAAUCGAUACUGCUAUUAAGUUAAUGCAAUUGUAGCGUUCAUCUUCUUUGUGUAGCUGUUAUCUUGUAUUUUGUUUUGAUUCUCCUAUGUUCUUAUGUUUCUAUUGACCUACCACAGUAUAAUUUCCGGCUGCUCAGUAAAACAUUGUAAGUGAUAAGCAUUAGUAUUGUCAGGUCGAUGGAAUUGGUAUGAGACAUGUAGAUUGGUGGAU